AUGAUUCCAAUCAAUAAUCAACAAACCGCCGAUAACUCGAACAACCCACAAUCAAAACUAACAAACGUCAAGAAUCAGAAGAAACGAGAUGGAAGUGGAAUUCUUAAAAGAAAUAAGGUUGAGAAUGAAGAUCAAGAUGAGUUAAUCCCAACAGUCAAGAAGAUCAAAAAAGAAGAUUUUGGAGUAGAAAACUCGACAUCAGUAGGGGUGAGUGGAGGCAGGAAAUGGAAGUUGAGAACAGAUCUCCAAUCACGCGGCAUCCCAAAAUCAUCCGUAUUGUCUCCAAACUAUUCCUCCUCGACAUUAUUUCCUCCAUUACCAACGACGGAUUCACAUUCAUCACCAUUAUCUGUUGAGAUGGCACUGGAAUAUCUCAGCACACCGAUCAGCGAUGAAGACGAUAUGAAUGCCGAAGGAAUUGUAAGAGAGAUAAGAGAUUGGCUCUCAUUGAGUCGCUGUUCUCAAGAGUUCUUUCUGUCUCACAUUCUGGAUGUUGAUAAGAGACGAUUCGAUUACGUCAUCGCCUUCCCACAAGAAUAUUUCUCGUUGGCUAGUGGACGGAAGUUAUUCGUCAGAAUGUAUAAUUGGUUGAGGAUGAGUGGAGAUUUGAAAAUGAAGAUAUUGUCAUUAAAUCUAUCUGGAAACAAGAAUGACAGCUCGAUGGAAGUGCCGGAAAACAAAGAGAAUGCAUCUCCUCAACCAGAGACGUCUUCUGAUUCCGGCGACGUUCCAUUGACUCCUGAUUUGUCUUCAAACACAUCGACCACCGAUUCCGAUAUGGUCACAAAGAUUAUUAACAGACCAGUCAGCUUCGUUGAUACCAAAAACGUCUCCAUCGAAGUCAAGAGAUGGCUGGAAAUAUCUCAAGUAUGCGAAGAAUGGUUUGCUACAAAAAUAUUGAAACGAUGGAGAUCAACACUGACUGAUGCAAUCAAUAAUCCAAAAGAUUGGAAUGAUGGGAUUCGAAAUAAUAAUAAUAUGUAUGCGAAGAUGCAUAAUUGGAUGAGUAUGACAGAGAAGCAGAGACAAGAGAUCUUGAGACUUCUGAAUGCACCAAUUACGGACACGUCUCAAACUGAUCUAUCACUUGGUGGAAUCCUCGAAGAACUUCCUAAAUCCUAA